AUGUUUACACUCUUCGGAGAUCGCGCCCCUUCAUCGCCCCCAGAUCCGGCCAAACUCCAGCUCCGACCCAACGAAUGCCAAGUGCACAGCCUUUCUGACGGGCGCUCUCUUGGCUUCGCAACCUAUGGAUCUACGAACUCGUCGCACCCUGUCAUCUUCCUUUUUCAUGGCCUGCCAGGCUGUCGUUUGGUCGGAAGAAGCUGGGACAAGCUCUGCAGGGACAUCGGCGCGCGUCUCAUCGCCAUGGAUCGUCCAGGCUGUGGAGAUUCGACGCUCGCGGACCGCAGUCUCGUUGACUGGCCUGCAGAUGUUGUGAGCCUCGCAGACCAUCUCAACAUUGAGCGCUUCAGCGUGCUCGGUGCUAGCGGAGGCGGACCAUACGCGUUGGCCUGCGCACGCUUCAUUCCCCAAAAACGACUUCGGGCGGCGACUGUAGUGUGCGGUAUUGGACCCAUCGAGGCACUUCUAGACACUGUGCCCUAUCUAUCAUGGCGGCUCAUGGGUAUAACUCCAUGGCUGCUACGACAAGGGGCCCUCCGUGUCUUCCUACCUCACAUCCUCAUUCGUCCCUACCUCACUAGGGACCCUUCCCGCCUCAAGCGUGUCCUCGAAGACCAAGCCAAGACUCCAGAAGAGAAAGAGCAAUUUCGCGACAACAGCGGAGAGACCGAUCUUGACGACGUUGUCGCAUCAUUACUUGAGGCCUUCAAGCAAGGCGCUGGCGGAUGCAUGCAGGAUGGUGCUGCGCUUACGAGAGAAUGGGGCUUUGAUCUGAAGGACGUAGACAGCGAACGGGUCUUGCUAGUACAUGGUGAUCAAGAUGCGCAGGCGCCGUUGAAGGUUGCGCAGUGGAUCGAUGAGAGAUUGGGGCGCGGAAGACUGCGGACGCUCGAGGGCAAGACACAUUUUACGAUCUGGAAGGAGCAUUCGGAGGAGAUAUUCCGACAAAGCGCUGAGGCGUAA